AUGCUUUCUUACUUGCAGUCCAUCACCGUCUCAGAAAACGCCAUUCAGUCUGCCGCUGGCUUCACUGUCCCGGAUUUUCUCGAGAUCAACUCGGGUGUUUUCCUCAGUUUACUCGACUCCAACCUGGUAGAUAUCAAUGGGCCUCUCCAGAACAAUGGUGAGUUCCAUGUCUACAGUUCUGGCCUGUCUGCUGCUUCCUUUAACCACGUUGGUGGUCUGUUUACAAACAAAGGCCUUUUCGCCUUCAAUUCCUUGGACUCGACUUCCUCCUCCACUUUUACCAGUAAAGGUACCCCAGACUUUCUCAAUUCGGGUGACAUGUUCGUUGGUAUCAGCCAGCGGUCAGGUACUUCGCCCAUUACCAUCACCUCCACGUCCAGCUGGAUCAACACUGGACGUAUUCGUUUCGCCCAGCAGCGAGGUGACCCUUCAGAAUUGGCCUUUACCAACUACAUGGGCCCUUUAACGAACUACGGAACUAUCUGCCUUGACAGACUCAUCUGGAAGACCAAUGAAAACGUCGUCGGCUCAGGAUGUAUCAACAUUGGUGCCUCUUCCACCUUACUGUACCAGUCAGACAAGUACGACGUUUUACCGCAGCAGACGGUGUACUUAUCGAGCUCUUCUUCGGUGAUUUCUAUUGAAGGCUUGUCGUUCUUUACCAACAGUUUCCUUGACUUAACCGUGGUUGGUUUCGGUGGCUCCAACUCCAUCACCACCAGUCAGACUUUUAGAACCUGGAGUUACAGCGGUGAUACUUUGACGCUUACUCUUGCACUUGGUUCAAAGCUUCGUUUCAAAAUCGGAGAAGGCUACGAUCCGAAGAAGUUCACGGGUGGCAGUAUUUUCGGCAGUAACCACAUUGAGUACUCUGGUGCUUACCCUGGCAAGGUCCCACUGAACUGUAUCUGUCCAACGUUCCCUCCACCAAGAACCACUUUCCCUUCAACAUCGCUGUCCUCCUCAACCAGAAGCUCCUCAAGCUCCUCAAGCUCCUCAAGUUCUGUUAGAAGCUCAUCCUCCACAGUUUCUUCUACUGUGACGUCUUCGAGUGCCUCGAGCUCCAGCUCAUCCCUGGUAUCCACUCCAGCGACCCUGACGACUCCAACUGCUGUACCUUCAAGCUCUCUGCCUUCGAGCCUGCUGUCUUCGAGCCUGCUGUCUUCGAGCCUGCUGUCUUCGAGCCCUACUACCCCUCGGAGCUCAAGCACUGUGGCUAGUUCGUCAUCCUCCAUUGCAAGCUCGUCUUCCCCUUCAAGCUCGUCUUCCCUUUCAAGCUCAUCCUCCAUUGCAAGCUCAUCGUCUAUUGCAAGCUCAUCACUGGUGCCUUCCAGCUCCUGGAGCUCACUGUCUUCGGUGGCUUCUCUGUCUUCGGUGGCUUCUCUGUCUUCGGUGGCUUCUCUGUCUUCGGUGGCUUCUCUGUCCUCAGUCGUCAGCUCAUCCUCAUCGAUUCCACCAAGCUCCAGCUCUGCUCCACCAAGUUCCAGUUUUGUUCCUCCAAGCUCUUCAGCUGCUCCACUGAGUUCUUUAGCUGCUCCACUGAGUUCUUCAAUUGCUUCCCUGAGCUCGGCUUCAAGUGUUGCUCCAUCAUCAAGCUCUGAAGUGGCUCCUAGCUCUUCAGCUGUUUCCAGUUCCAGCUCUUCUGUCCCUCCACUGUCUUCCGAACCGGUUCAGGCUCUGUCUGCCGAGCCUUCGCCUUCCUUGGUUACAUCAACAGUCACUUCAGUUACGACUUCGACCACCACAAGCACUCUUUCAAGCUCACUGGAGGUGAUUGAACAGUCUCUGCUGAAUGAGCCUUCUGAACCUCCUGCUCCAAGCAGUUCUGAGGCACCUGAAGUGACUGAGCUGGCCUCGAGCAUUUCUGAACUGGAGCCCACUUCUUCAAGUGAACAAUCAUCUGAAGAGGUUCCUGAGCCAUCUGUUACUGAAUCGUUGGAAUCCUCGUCUGUUUCAGAGCCAGAGAGCAUCACAAGCUCUGAGGAACUGAGUGAAUUGUCCCAGAACAUUGCACCAACCUCUUCUGCUGAGGCUUCCACGAUUGAAGAGUCUUCAGUAGUAGGUUCUUCGACUGAAACUGAGUCUUCCACGGAAACUGAGUCUUCCACUGAAACUGAAUCUUCCACUGAAACUGAAUCUUCCACCGAGAUUGCGUCUUCAGAAACUGAGUCUUCCACGGAAAUUGAAACUUCUACAGAGCCUGAACCUUCCACGGGAAUUGAGUCCUCAGAAACUGAAUUUUCGUCAAUAAUUGAGUCUUCCUCAGGAAUUGAAUCUUCCACAGAAACUGAUUCUUCGUCAACGAUUUUGUCUUCCUCAACCACUCAAUCUUCGUCAGCAAUUGAGUCUUCCAUGGAAAUUGCGUCUUCCACAGAAGUUGAAUCUCCCACAGAAAGUGAGUCUUCAGAAACUGAACCUUCGACAGAGACUGAAUCAGUUAUUGAGACUGAGUCAAUCACUGAAACCGAGUCUUCCAUAGAAACUGAGUCUUCUUCUGAGACUGAAUCAUCUGUGGAAACACCUGAGGAAACUCAAUCAUCUGUUGAAACACCCUUUGAAGUUGAAUCAACCACUACUGAAUCAGCAGUCGAGACGGAAUCAACAACCGAAGUUGAGUCAGCUACCGAGCCAGAAUUAACAAGUCAGACUGAAUCUUCUGUGGAGACCGAAUCAUCUGUGGAGACUGAAUCUUCAACGGAGGCUGAACCAAGCAGUGAAACUGAAUCAGUAUCUGAGACUGAGUUAGCAAGUAAGAUUGAAUCAAGUACUGAAACUGAAUCAAGUACUGAAACUGAAUCAAGCAUUGAAUCUGAGUCUUCUGUCGAAACUGAGUCUUCUGUCGAAACUGAAUCAUCUGUCGAAACUGAAAUAACCAUUGAAACGGAAACAGCUACUGAAACAGAAACAGCUACCGAGACCAAGACGGAAUCGUCUGUUGAAUCUGAUCCAUCGACUUCCUCCGAGACUUCUGAAACUCCUGAGCCUUCAGCCUUUGAAUCGUCCGCUGACCCUGAACCUUCAAGUGAUCCUGAGUCAACCACUGAAUCUUCCACAGUUUCUGAACCUGAAGCAACCUCAGAGUCUUCUGAAUAUUCUGAAUCUACCGAACUGGAAACCUCCUCGGAGUUGCCUACGUCUUCUGAUUUGACAACUUCCGAUUCCUUGGCAUCGUCUACCUCAUCGACUGAAGAUGAGCCUACCGAGGUUCCUGAACCAGCUUCUUCCGAGCCAUUGUCUUCCUCGGAAGCUGCUGAAACUGAUACAUCUUCUAGUGAAGUUUCUGAGACGCCAGAAGCCUCCCAGUCAUUGUCUGAAUCGGAGAACGAAGUAACUGAAACUUCAAGCGAGGAAGAAUCACUGACUUCUAUUACAGAGGUUCUGUCUGAAACUACUUCAUCAGAAAUCUCAUCAGAAUCCUCUUUGCUUCCAUCUCCUACUUUGGAUAGUUCUCAGGCCGAAGAGACCAGCACAGUUACUGAAGGAUUACCUCUGUCUGAUUCAAUUGAGACCCUGGAAGCCCUGGAGACCACUGAAGAAGCUUCAAGUACUGAGGUUCAAGCUACUGAGACUUCUUUGGAAGAAGUCACCUCAUCUUUGGAGGAGGAGUCUUCAGUUGAUGCUUCUACGUCUGUUCCAGAGACUUCAUCUACAGAAGUGGAAAGUACUACCUCUGAGUUGCCUCCUGCUGAACCCUCUUCAGAAGAGACUGUUUCUGAUACUGAAACCACUACUUCGGAGCUUGAAGAGCCUCUGAGUUCCACAGAAGACCCAGAAACUCCAGGACCAACUUCUUCUGAUGAAACUACUUCUUCUGGUGAAACUACUUCUUCUGAGUCCUUGGGGGCCAGUGAGCCUACUGAUGCUACAUCUUCUGUUCCCGAAGAAAGCAGUGAAGACAUUCCUUCUCUUACUGAAGCAGUGACAGAGUCUACUUCUACUGAAGUGACAACUGAAUUGACUACUGAGGUAAAUGAAGAGGUUACUUCUACUGAGGUAAAUGAAGAGGUUACUUCUACUGAAGUAAACGAAGAGUCUUCUUCUACUCAACUGAAUGAAGAGGUUACUUCUACUCAACUGACAGAAGAGACUAGUUCUACCGAAGUAAAUGAAGAUUCUGCUUUCUCUGAGGUGAAUCAAGAGUCUACGUCGACUGAGGUGAGUCAGGAGACUAUUUCUUCUACUGAGUUGAAUGAGGAGACGACCACUGAAGUAAAUGAAGAGGCUACUUCUACUGCAACUUCUACUGAAGUUAUUGAAGAGGCUACUUCUACUGAGACGAUUCAAGAGUCUAGCUCUACUGAACUGGUUGAAGAGAAUAGUUCCACUGAACUGAUUGAGGAGACUACUUCUACUGAUCUGAUUGAGGAGACUACUUCUACUGAACCAAUUGAAGAGACCAGCUCUACUGAAGUGAAUGAAGAGACCAGCAGCGAGCCUGCCAGCGAGCCUACCAGCGAAGUCGAGCCAACCUCUUCCGAAGUUGCUGUUUCAACUACUGAGGAGACUGAAACAACUACUACUCUGGUUCCAGCAUUGAACUCUGCAGUUGAUACUACUACUCCUUCUGCUGAUAUUACUGAUACCCCUGAUGCUACUACUAAUUCUGCUGAUGCUACUACUGAUUCCAUUGAGUCUGCUACUGAUUCUUCUGGUAUUACCGAAACUGCUUCCACUGAUGCUACUACUGAAUUUGAUUCUUCAAGCUCCUCUACAGAAUCUACUCCUGAGACUACAGCUACUGAGUCUAAUGAUGGUCUGAAUGAAGCUCCUCUGACUUCCCAGAAGGAAAUCACCUCCCAGGAUAAUGAUUCAACUACCAUUGAAGAACCAGUGAGUACCAGUAUUGCUGCUGAAUCUUUUCUUGAACCAACCACUGUGGAAGAGACGCUGGAGCCUGAGGUGACUUCUUCUGGCCUGAUUGUCGAUCCUGAGAGUGUGACUUCGAAUGAAGCUGAAUCUACUGAUUUGCCUGAACCAAACAACACUGAGUCUCCUACUGGAGCCCUGGAGUCUUCUGCUUACAUUGCUGUUCCUUCUGAAAUAGCUUCAAAAUCAGCCACUGAACCUACUUCCAUUGGAAACGGCGAGCCUUCCAGCUCAGACGCUGCUGUUCCUGAAGAUCCUUCUACCGUCGCUUCCUCAACUUUCUUGAACGAGAACAGCUCCACCGACUUCGUUCCUGGCGAAUUCACGAGUGAUUCUACUGAUGCUACUGAAGCUACUGAAACUGGCAAAGCAGCUGCUGGCUCUUCUACUAAUGAGGUGGAUACUGAUUUCUCUGCCAGUACUGCUGAAACAAGACCUACUGAGGACAACAUUACUCCAGAAAGCUCUACCAUCGCUGAAGGUCAAUCAGCUUCAACCACUGUGGACGAUGCCAGCUUUGUUUCUACUGAGCCACCCGCUGAAGAGGCCACUGGUUCUGUGAUUACUUCUACGGACACUUCACCUCAAGAAACUGGAAAUGCUGCAAACAGCUCACCAGCAGACGAAGUAAGCAGCUCAAGCGACUUUGAUACUAGUGUUACUACAGCGGCUGUUGAAUCUUUGAAAUCUCCUGGAGCCCACUCUGAGCAUGAGUCUUCUGAGACUGAACAGCCAAUUGCCAGUGAAGACGCCGUCUCUUCUUCUACUUCCAUACCCAGCUCUACCAGCACAGCUGCUCAAGACGGUUCUGAAGAGCACCUUACGAAUACUGCUGCCGACCCAGAGCAAACAGCUUCUACUGUUCUUUCUACAAAUGACGAAGUCUAUUCUUCCGCAGGUCUGAACCCUGCCUUCUCAGCAUCAGGUAAGCCUUCUGAGGGAGCUAACUCUAAUGGAAACCCUCCACAAGUCACCUCUGUGGCUUCCUCGUCUCCAUCUACUGAAGACGCUAAACAGUCAACUGCUCCAGCCACUUCUGACGCUCAAAAUGCUCCUGAAGCUUCUGCUAACCACAACUCAGCGCCAACUAGCGUGGCUGGCGUUCCAUUCACAGUAACAGACGAUGCAUCUCCAACCCAGGCACCAGAAGCACUGUCAGCUGUGACCAUCAAAGAUGCUGCUUCCCAAAAAUCCAUCACGAAUAACGAAUCGUUGCCUUCUGGGGACGCUACUAGUACCAACCCAGACAACAAAACCCCACAUCCUACAACUUUGGCAUCUGAAUCGACAGGCACUUCUGGUUCCACAGCUUCAUCCUACUCCCAAAGCAACUCGCUUUCUACCAGCUAUAGAAACCUGCCUCGUCCUUCUGGCGCCACAUCGAUUGUGGAGGAAGCAGGCGCUUCCAAGAGAAGUAUCCAUGCUUCUUGGUUCCUUUUACUUCUUGCUUUCCAUCUUUACUAA